AGACCGCCAGCCAGAAAUCCCACCGACCAUGUCGCUGAUCCGCCGCAGCAACGUGUUCGACCCCUUCUCCCUCGACCUCUGGGACCCCUUCGAGGGCUUCCCCUUCGGCUCCGGCGGCAGCAGCAGCAGCCUCUUCCCCUCGUUCCCGCGCACCAGCUCGGAGACCGCGGCCUUCGCCGGCGCGCGGAUCGACUGGAAGGAGACCCCCGAGGCACACGUGUUCAAGGCGGACGUCCCGGGGCUCAAGAAGGAGGAGGUGAAGGUGGAGGUCGAGGACGGCAACGUGCUCCAGAUCAGCGGCGAGCGCAACAAGGAGCAGGAGGAGAAGACGGACACCUGGCACCGCGUGGAGCGCAGCAGCGGUAGGUUCCUGCGCAGGUUCCGGCUCCCCGAGAACGCCAAGACUGAGCAGAUCAGGGCGUCCAUGGAGAACGGCGUGCUCACCGUCACCGUGCCCAAGGAGGAGGUCAAGAAGCCUGAGGUGAAGUCAAUCCAGAUCUCCGGUUAGACAUCGUCCUGCUCGUGCCUGCGUAAUGGAGUGAAGGAUGAUGCUGCCGCCCUCUGGAGUCCGCCUGGGUCGUUCUGGCGAAAUAAAGUCGGGCUCGAGCAUGUGGGUCCGAAUUGAAAUGUGCGUCCCUGCGUCUGUCAUGGCAUGGUUGAAUCCAGUUUAUGAUCAUUAGUGUGUCUGUGUGGUCUUUGUACUUAGUACUUGGUCGCCAUCUGAUAAUGUACUCCAAUGUUGUCGUAAAUUAUCUCUCGUUUUAUUCCCUGCUA